GAUUAUAAUAACCCUAACAAAAAACAAUUGUGUCCUUCUAACGUCGACCAAAAAAAAAAAAAAAUUGUACCCAAGUCCUAACCAUGAAACUUUCUGUGAACAAAGCAUGAAGAACAAAGCUAGUUCAAUUCUUGGAAUCUCUUACAGGGCCUUGUAUUUGCAGUGUAGAUCACCACAGUUCGAUUUAAUUCGGUUUUACAAGCUUAUUCAGUAUAAAUGGCAACAGAAGUGGUCAAUGUAAAUGAGUUCCAAGAACUGGCAAGGCAAGCCCUCCCAAAAAUGUAUUAUGACUUCUACACUGGGGGAGCUGAAGAUCAGCACACACUAAGGGAGAAUGUGGAAGCAUUUCGUAGAAUCACUAUUCGGCCAAGAAUCCUCGUAGAUGUGAGCAGAAUUGAUAUAUCAACCACUAUAUUAGGUUACAAUACUGCGGCACCCAUUAUGAUUGCUCCAACUGCUAUGCAUAAGUUGGCACACCCUGAAGGAGAGGUUGCGACAGCCAAGGCAGCAGCUUCUUGUAACACCAUAAUGGCAUUGUCCUUUUCAUCUACCUGCACUGUGGAGGAGGUUGCUGCCAGCUGCAAUGCUGUUCGCUUCUUUCAGUUAUAUGUGUACAAAAGACGCGAUGUGUCAGCUCUGUUAGUGCAGAGAGCCGAACAAAAUGGUUUUAAGGCCAUUAUUCUUACUGUUGAUACUCCUAGACUUGGUCGAAGGGAGGCAGACAUAAAAAACAAAAUGGUUCAGCCACAGUUGAGGAAUUUUGAAAGUCUCUUCUCAACUGAAGUAGUCUCUGAUAAAGGUUCCAAUUUCAUAGCUUAUGCAGCACAAACACUUGAUGAUUCUUUGUGUUGGAAGGAAAUAGAAUGGUUAAGAUCUAUUACAAGAUUGCCAAUUCUAAUCAAGGGGGUGCUCACUCGUGAGGAUGCAAUAAAAGGUUUAGAAGUAGGAGUUGCUGGAAUUAUUGUCUCUAAUCAUGGAGCUCGGCAACUGGAUUAUGCUCCAGCAACUAUAACUGUUCUGGAAGAGGUGGUUCAUGCUGUUGGAGGGAAAGUUCCUGUUCUGUUUGACGGAGGAGUGAGGCGAGGAACAGAUAUUUUCAAGGCUUUAGCUCUCGGGGCACAAGCUGUUUUGGUCGGGAGGCCAGUUCUCUAUGGGCUGGCCGCGAUGGGAGAACAUGGGGUGAGACGAGUCAUUGAGAUGCUGAAGGAUGAGCUAGAGCUCACCAUGGCCCUUUCUGGCUGCCCUACCUUGAAGGCCAUUACCAGGAAGCACGUGAGGACACAGCGCGAGUUAAUGCAGUGCAAGCUCUAGUUUCAUUUCGAAGCUUUAAAAUAGUAUGAUGGAUACCAUAGUUCAGAUCAGUUUUCAUGAUGAAAACAAGGAAAUGUUAGACAAAUCUGUGGAAAGUAGAAGAUGAAAGAUUGAACUUCCUCACCUUCUUUAUCCAUUUCUGAAGUAUAAUAAUAUUGAUGCUUGUGCCUA